UUCUUCUUAUCUUCUCUCAUAUGGAACUGUUGUUUCUACUUAACAAAGAAGAGAAGAACUGAACGUUUCAUACACUAAAUUAUGAACAAAACAAAUGUUAAAAAAUAGGGGAAAUUUGGGAGAGGAUCAAAAGUGUACCAAUAUUAUAAAUAUAAGGGACUAUUAACAAGGAUGAUUUUGAGUCUCCGCCCAAAGAUAAGGCACUAUUUUGGGAUUUUACUCCUCCUUCACAGCACUUCGGUUCAUUGACCUCAGGAAAACUGGCAGAAGUGACUUGGUGUGUAAUAUUGUCGGAGAGCAUUUCCCGUAGAUAAGUGAUUGAUCACUAUCUUGAGAUCUAUCAAGAAACAUCUUUUAUUUUUGGGUGUGCCCUGAGAAACCUUCUGCUUCACCUAUUUCUCCUUCAUUUCCUCCAAUAUUCCGGAAUUUAGUUGUUGCUUUUGCUUAAAACUUUUUAGAAACUACUUGAGUAAAUCGGGUAGUGCGGCAAAAUUCUUGUAAUCCAAGUUCUGUUUGCUCCACUAAGUUAUAAUUAUGUAUGGUUUAAACACGUGGACUUGUUUUUCUUCAAGGGUAAAGCAUUUCAAAUGGGAUUGGUAGAUCCUAGCGACUCUCUUCCUUUUUUUCCUUUGCAUUUAUCUGGAUUGACUUGGGCAAUUUCGCCUAGGUAAGUAGCUUGCACUGUAAUAGUCAAUUCGCUAUACGACAUUUUCCUCCAACAAUUCUUGAGAGUUUGUGCCUGAGGGGUUUUACAGAGAAGAACAAGAAAGGGAAGUUCUCUUUUUGGGUUUAAUUUGUUUCUCAGUUAAGUUUAACUGAGAUUUAUUUGGGGAAACCGUUAGUUUUAAGGUUUAGUACUAAAAAGUGUAUUUCUUGCAUACAAUGGGGAUUAUAUCUGUUAUGUAGCAUCUAUUAAGGACCCAAAUAGUCCGAACCCCCAUACAAUAAGGACCAUUUUGAUCAUUUUCUCUCGUUUUUCACAUUGGCAAACCGUCGCCUUCUUGUAAAGAUUUAAGGACAAACACUGCCGGAAGCAAGAAGGCUUGCCGUCAAUAGAUUGGAGUUUUCUUACAGGAGGGGAAGUUAGAUAUGUCCAGGUUCCGCUCACUAUUGCAAGCAUCGUUGAAUGCUACAAGAAGAGCACUCACGUGGAACAUUGAAGACCUAGUUCCACCCAGUGAAAGAUACAUUUUCAACUUUAGUUCAAAGGAUGAGCUCAAGAAUUGGCAUUUAUACUCAGAUUCAGAAUACGGAGGUCUAUCCUCAGCAGCUUUGGAGAUUAAGGACACUGGAAAUGGGUCAACUAGUGUUGGUCUUUUCUCUGGAAAUCUCUCUUUGGAUGUUAUGGAAGGAUCAAAGUGGAAUAUGACUCGAAGUGGCUUUUGUGGAAUGCGGUCUAAAAAGUUUGAUGGCUUCAUUGAUUUGGAUGGAUAUGACACAAUAGCUCUUAAACUUAAAGGGGAUGGAAGAUGCUAUAUUUCUACAAUAUACACAGAGAAUUGGGUCAAUAGUCCAGGACAAGAUGAAGAUAAUUCAUGGCAAGCAUUCGUUUUUGUGCCAAAAGAUAACUGGUAUAUCGCAAAGAUCCCACUUACUCGUUAUGCACCUACAUGGAGAGGGAACAUAAUAAAUGCUAGGUUGGAGAUGAAUCCAGCUCGAAUCGUUGGUAUGUCUCUAUCUGUAAACGCAGAAGGUGGAGUUCCAGGUGCGAAGUCUGGGCCAGGUGAUUUCAGAGUUGAAGUUGAUUGGAUCAAAGCCUUGAGGAUGCAGUAAACAAAAGUGGAACAUCAUAAAGAAUGAUUGUGCAAGAUGGGGCAUCCAUGCUUAUCGGUUGGGCAAGAUUGCAGAAAUGCUAGCUACGGAGUUGGUAUUUUUCAAGUCAUCAAUCGGAGAUAGGAGAUGUAGAAGAUACAGGUUCUUUUUCUAUAUACCUCAGGAAAGGAGUGAAAUUUUACGAUUCACUUUGCUUAAAUGCAGUGGACUCUACAACAGUCUACAUCACCAAAGUUCAAAUAUUAAGAUUUUUUUCUCUUGUAAUAAAUGGGGCUCUACAUUUUAAUUAUAUCCUCGUCUCUUAGAAGGUUUGGCAAUCGAAUAUUUCAAUAAUUGUAUGCUUAAAAUCAGUAAUACUGUUUCAAGUUUUAUAGUCAAUUAACAAUGUUACUAUCA